UUUCAGGAGAAUACACCGAAAUGCGCUAAAUUGGAAUCAAAGAAAUAUUAAAGUGAGCGUUAACCGAUACCAUUGUGGUUGAAUUUCCUUCAUUAAGCUAAUGACACCUUUGAUAUUAUCCUCAUCGUUACAUUAUAGCUCUGUCUGUAAUUUUGCACCAGUAUUUCUGCUGAAAACUGCACCAUCAAAGGGUGUAAGUUUGCAAAGCUACCGAUCAAUAAGCAGGAAGAUUCCGCCACCCGGGAAGCCGCCAAUUUGCCCUCCUGCCAAAAGAGUAUUGUAUCAUGUUGUACAUCAUCGUUGGAUGAGACCUGAUGUUGUUAAAGAAUUAUUAUGGCGUCGACAUGUUUACAACAAUGCUAUAGUAUCAUUACGUAAAUUGUUCAAAGAAGAAUCUGCUAGAAACAGAUAUGAAGAUAUGAUAGCUAAGGAAAUACGGGAAGAGAAUGAAGAAUUCGAGCAUUUACUAGCAAUGAAUGAAGAGAGAAACCGAGAAGCAGCAGAGAAAAGGAGCGAACGUGAGAAAGAAGAACUAAAGGAAAUGGAAUACGAGUAUUUGAAAAGUAUUGAAAAAGAGUUGGAAAAAAGAGAAGCAAAUGUGACACAAAGGAUGGAAGAAGUGCUUCAAAUGGUCGAACGGAGUAAACAUUUCGUAACGGAUGAAACUCUGGACAAGGAAUUGGAGAAAGCUUUGGAUAAUCCGGUCGUUUAUGAUUACGCAAUAGAUUUGCAAGGUAAUAGGUAUUAUGUCCCAAUACCUGAAAAAUAUAUCAAAGGUACACCUCCUCGCCAAAAGGGGCGAAUGUACGAUAUUACUCUGGGUACCGAACAUUACAGUAAGCUGAUGCCGUUCUCUGUUGAUUCGAAUACGAGCGUCCAAAAAGUGGACUUUAAAAAGAAGCAACAACAAACCUAG